AUGCAUUCUCUAUACACCUGGAAAAACUUAAUGAGAAUAACAAAUAAUAAAGAAUGCACGCCAAACGAACACGCAGAGUCAGUACAGGAGACGAUAUGUCAGUCGCAUUAUUUCCGACCAAAGUGUCCGUCCGUCGAUGACGUCAUCAUCGUUGAAAAGGCCAGGUACGGCCGAUUGGAAAAGAGUAAAUGUGUGACACAGGCAUUCGACUACAUCAACUGCUUCGAGGAUGUCCUGCAUGUCAUGGACAGCUUCUGCUCCAACAGAAGGUCAUGUGAGGUCAGAAUUCUAGAUGAGAACUUCAACUACUUGAAGCCGUGUCAUGAAGAUUUGAAGUCCAAUCUGGAUGUCCAGUACAGAUGUGUUGCAGUAUUGACAAUAAAACGGCCAUCAAUGAGGAACGCCGCCGCUAACGCUACCUGCCUCACUGCUCAUGUUAACACGCCUCGUGGCUACAUUGCCGCUUCGCCAUCCUCAUCUUUCACAUCUGAAAACUCACAAAGAAAUUCUUCCUUACAUUCGAGAUUCGCCAACAGAUAUCAACAACAUGAAAACAACAACAACAAUGACAACAACAACAACAACAAUAACAUUGAUGCUACAAACAGCAACGACAACAACUUCAACAACCACAACAACGUAAAUUGCCGAAAGUAUGGAGACAUAUACGAAAACGUAGCAGAAGACGCAAGCGAGCCAUUCAGCCAAAUCGACGACAAGAACUUCCUCCAGCACAAAACAUCCAUCUGUCCAUCGACCUCCAGGGUCACCUGGUUAUAUAGGUCAACAUCGAACUUGGUCAAAGUUCAAUUGCUACCACGUGACUUCAACAAACAGAUGAUGCACGCAUCCUAUCUUGUACAUUUUGAAGUGAUUGGCUGCGCAAACAUGGAACCCCUACCCAGCAUGCACAUGGAAAGGAGAGGUGAUGUUCUUCUGGUCAGCUGUCUGACGUCAUCAGUCACGUGGUACAUGCACUGCCGACAUGGGCAGUGGAUAGGCGAGUGGAAGAACUGCAGUGAUUUGAUGACAUCAUCGGAAGCGCAACGAAAAGCUGUCACAAUUGUAUCGUCAGGUGCGUUGCUGGUUGUGUUGGUCUGUUCAACAACGUUCGUCAUCGGAAUGAUCGUCGUACUUGUCGGUGCGGCCCUACUCAAGAAGUGGCCGAAGUCUUCCCACUCCUUCCUGCUCCCAUCGUCGCAGCAUCCCAACAACAACAACAUCAUCACAUCAACGUUAAGCAGCAACAACACUAACAACACUAAUAACAACAAAACCAGCAAUUCAACUUUACGCAAAGAAACAAUAGUUACAUACGGGAUGACCGGGAGUAGCGAUUUAAUAUCAUUGGGAUUUGAUCACGUGAUUUUGCAAACGUUUGCCUGUGAUAAAUGCUGCUGCGAAUAUUGUUCUCCAAACAAAUACAACACCUGUUGCCAUUCAAAAUCCAUAAAACAUCAACAACAACAAAGUCAGCAGCAACAGCAAUUACAACAACUACGGUUGAAGCAACAACAACUCUCCUACAAACAACACUUUAUUAUGACUGAGUUUCCAACUAUAUUAGCCAACAACGACAGCAUCAACACUGACAACAACAACAACAACAACAACAUCGACGACAACAUCGCCACAAAUGUCGCUAGUGGUAACAGCAGGAAAAAAAACAAACACAACUGGAACGCCAUAUUUUACGAUAUAAACGUCACGUCUGAUGGUAACGACGCUACUACAUUCAUCAACAACACCCAAAACGACAAUAACUGCUGCAACAGCAAUCACAACAACUACAACAAAGACAACAACAAUCUUAACAACAAUUUCAACAUAAACGACAACAGUGUCAAAAAUGCUCAAGAAGAUAUGGUAAAGAAUGCAAAUUGCGGCUUUCACAAAGCACCUAGUUUGAAUAACAUUGAGAAGAACAUUUGUACAAACAACGAUCACAAAAGAAGCAACAACAACAUAAACAACAAGCUGGUGGCAGAUUGUGCUGAUUUUUAUUCGUCAUCGAAAGAAACGAUUGUUGCUAAUUGUUGUUGUGAACUGCACCCAGCAACAACAACAACAGCAACAAUAGAUUUCGAUGACGAGCAACAACACCAACAAGAAAUGAUACUAAAAGAAAAUAUGAAAAACAGCAAAAUGCUACUUGUUAGUAUGGUAAAACAGGCUACAGAAGGUAACGAUCAUUCAACUGAACAUUUCUUCAACAAAUUCAACAACACUUCAAUCGGCGACACUUUUGACGAUAACAACAACACAAUAAACCACAACAGCAGAAUCAGAAUGGACGCCAUAGCGAGCAGCGGCAGUCUCUCAACGAACCCCGACACACCGUAA